GGUGAUGGCAUGGACAACAGCAUGGCCUCGCCGAGCACAGGGGAUGACGAUGACCCGGAUAAAGAGAAGAAGCGCAACAAGAAGAGAGGGAUCUUCCCUAAGGUGGCCACCAACAUUAUGAGAGCAUGGCUCUUUCAGCACCUUACACAUCCCUACCCGUCAGAAGAACAGAAGAAACAGCUGGCGCAAGACACAGGCCUCACCAUCCUACAAGUGAACAACUGGUUCAUUAACGCCCGGAGGAGAAUAGUGCAGCCCAUGAUUGACCAGUCAAACCGUGCAGUAAGUCAAGGACCUCCCUACAAUCCAGAUGGCCAGCCGAUGGGGGGCUUCGUCAUGGACGGCCAGCAGCACAUGGGAAUCAGACCACCUGGAGCAAUGGGAGGAAUGGGCAUGAACAUGGGCAUGGAAGGUCAGUGGCACUACAUGUAGCCCCGCCCUGAUCCGACCAAUCGCAACACAAAGGAGGAUAACGGCAGGGCAACCCGGGGAUCACCUGUCUCAACGAGGCCUACGGAUGAACGGGAACAGGGCUCCUUGACUUCCUGAUGACAACAACCAACAGUAACCCCUCUGUCCACCUCCAACACCCAACAACAUAUUAUUCGGCUGAUAUCUGCAACAUGGAAGCUUUCCAUGUCUGCCUUCAACCCUUCCAAGUCUAUGUGUCCAGCGACGGUGAUGCACAGAAGAUCAAACUAUGUCCAAACCAGAUGAUCCCCUGUCCCGACUGACCCCCGCUUCUUCUUCUUCUCUGGUGGGCACUAGACUUCGCCCCCUUGCCACUGCCCACAAGGUGCACAUGGACUCCUCCAUUACAAGUGAUUGUGAUUGCGAUUGCGAGCAUAGACGACACACGAGAGACACACUGUGUCCUUUGCCUGUACCUUUGGCGAAUGCAGCACCUGGUGAUAUAUUCUAGACUCUUUGGUAAACAAGAGAGAGAUCCUGUGAAGAGCACUCCACUCUUUGGGACGAUGGAAUUGGACCAAGGAGAAGCCAAUGUCUGUAUCUGACAGGACACUAACAAAGCAAAAGAGGUGCCCUUUAAAAAAUAUAGUGGAUUGAAACAUGGAAGGAGGGAAAGCAAGAGAAAAGAAAUAAAAAGUAUAACUAUAUCAAACCCUAGUUUGGGAAGCGAGUGGAGAAAGAAAAUAUACUGUAUACUGAUGUAAAAUUACGCUGGACUCUCACAAGAACUGGGAAUUUAAGUAUUGUAAAUGCUAUUGUAUUGUUCUGCAUAUUAUGUUGUUUCUAAUAGAUUUUUAAAAAAAGGAUGUGAACUUUUUUCUCUUUUUUUCUGAUUUCUUUCCACACUAUGUGUGUGCCGUCUCCAUCAAAUUUGACCUCCUGCCCCCUCCCUUCAUUCAAUCACGAUGCAUUUUUAAAAGAAAAAGAAAGUGAAUAAACGGACAAUUCGAUCAGUU